CGCGGCCUAAGCCGGGAGACGCAACUGAGCCCUGAUGCGGGUGUGGAGGCUUUUCCUCCUUGCCUUUCAGCAGUUUGCCCCAUGAGCUCAUGCUGCUGUGACCCGGGUCUGGAGAAGAACUGCUCUUCCUUCUUCUUUCCUGUACUUCAGUAGCUGAUAAGAAAGCCUGGGAACUGGGAAGGAGGUCAACCCUCCCGUCAGAUGUAGGGCUUGGUUCAGGGGAUGAGAGUCCUGUCAGGCAGUUGACACUACAGGAUGAGUCACUAGGCUUGCUGAAUCCAAGUUGGAGGCUCAGAUGUGGGCAGUGCACAGAAAGAGGAAUUGCUCUUUGAGUGCAAGCUCUCAGGUUCCUGGAGCAGCAGCACAGCGUUGCUAAUGACACAGCUGUGCAGAUGGUGACUUUCUGGGUAACCAUGAGUGGAAGGGGUAGAGCUGUGGGUGAGAGUUCUUGGCUGUCUGAGCAAUAACUGUAGAAUCUUCUAAAGUUACAUAAUCUGAAAUGGCAAGAUUUUGAUCUUACUUGAUGAGUUGAAGGUAUCCCUCCUUCCUGUUCUUCUACUGCAAACUGGAGAGAAAAGAGGGCUAGAAUGAAAAAUGACAGAAACCAUCAAAAAUACAGAGCUAUUCUGAAGAAAGAAAAGCGGAAAAAAAAGCGUCAGGCACUUGCCAAACUGAGAGAUUCAGAAGCUACAGAAAAAGAUGAAUCAAUGUCUGAGGAGGAAGAAGAGGAACUGGAAGAAGAGGAAGAAGAAGAAGAAGAAGAAAAAAAACUUGAGGCAGAAAGACAAAAACUACAUGAGCAGUGGUUGCUAAGAGAAGAAAAGGCCCAAGAAGAGUUCAAACUUAAGAAAGAAAAAGAAGAGGCUGCAAGAAAACGUCAAGAAGAAGAAGAGAGAAAGAUCAAAGAAGAAUGGGAAGAACAACAAAGAAAAGUAAGAGAAGUGGCACAGCAGAAGCAACAGCAGAAGAGAGAAAGAGAGGCAGCUGUGCAGAAGAUGCUGGAUCAAGCUGAAAGCCAGCUGGAGAAUGGUAUUACCUGGCAUAACCCAGAGCCCCCAGAGAAUAUAGGAACAGAGAAGGACAGAGCAAAUUGCCCAUUCUAUAUUAAAACGGGCUCCUGCCGAUUUGGAGACAGGUGUUCUCGCAAGCAUAACUAUCCAACAUCUAGUAAGACGCUACUUGUCCGAGGAAUGUUCCUUACUUUUGGCAUGGAGCAGUGCCGGAGAGACGACUAUGACACGGACGCGAGUCUCGAAUACAGUGACGAGGAGACCUACCAGCAGUUCUUGGAGUUCUAUGAGGACGUUCUCCCUGAGUUUCAAAAUGUGGGGAAGGUUGUUCAAUUCAAGGUUAGCUGCAACUAUGAACCUCACCUGCGAGGAAAUGUGUAUGUCCAGUAUCAGACGGAAAAGGAUUGUCAGGCAGCUCUUGCUCUAUUCAGUGGACGAUGGUACGCAGGACGACAGCUUCAUUGUGAAUUUUGUCCUGUGACAAGAUGGAAGACUGCUAUAUGUGGCUUAUUUGAAAGGCAGAAGUGUCCAAGAGGGAAACACUGCAACUUUCUUCAUGUAUUCAAAAAUCCAAACAAUGAGUUCUGGGAGGCCAAUAGAGACAUACGUAUUUCUCCUGAGCGGACUAAUCAGUUGUCUAAAAACUCUGAAAGGAGAAACAGAACAAGCCAUCGUGAUGACUAUUACAGCCGGUCGAGGAGAAGGGCCAGCCCUAGCCCAGAACAUUCUUACCGGAGAAAUGGAGAAUCUGAGAGAAAGAAAAAUAGCCGCAAAAGCAAGAAAAGACGCCGGUCUGGCAGGUCAAGAAGUCGAGAAAGGAGGAGAUCCCGCAGCAGAGGGAGGAAGAGGAGAGGUCGUAGUCGCAGCAGAAGUCAUAGUCGAACACGCAGUAAGAGCAGAAGUCGGAGUUCUUCUCGAUCCAGGAGUAGGGGUAAAAAGAGAUCAAGCAGCAGAGGAAAAAAUAGUGAAACUCCUAAAACAAAGUGAGAAUUACUUUUAGAAAUUGCUAAUUGAUCAAACCUAGAGCUGACAAAGAAAUCUCUCCAAUAGGGCACCAGAUAUAUUUGAGUUACAAAUAAAGUGUUCUUGCACAUUAAAAUCAGUUUCUUCCUAAUAAAGGAACCUAGUUUAUUGUGUGCUAAGCUUCAGAAAAUUAAAAGUUUAAGUCCUAUUAAGGUGUGAAUGUCAAGUACUCUAGCUACUCUGUCCCUCUGAACUACUGCAACAUCUGGAUGCGUACUGAGUACAAAAUAGAAAGAGAAGUAAAGCUUAUUUGGUAUAUGCUAAUUUCUGUGUUAUGUGUGUGUUAAGUGUUCACUGUCCCCAUAAGGAGUUAGUUCAGAACAGCCAGUGUGCUGUAAAUUCUCACCACAGCAUACUGCAAAUUGAAGUUUGUAAAAGACAGCCAUAUAUAUUUACCGUAUAUUUAUGGGAAAUCUUGUUCUAGACAAAGUAAAUGUAAUCAUGUUAUGAGCUGGAGAAAAGGGAUCUAAAGCUCCAGCACAGAAGAAACCUCACUGUUUUAUUGUACAGUACUUGCCCAGUAGGAGCUUUGUGGUCACAAUUGUUGGAUUAUUCUCUCUCCUGUGACUGAGCUGCUGAGCUAACUGCCUGUAAGGAUUGCAGUUGACCAAAAUUAAGUAGGAAUUACACAGAAGAACAAUCACUUUAUUCAGUACCUUAAUCCCCAACUAAGAGUGGACACCAUGCACUUGUAAUCCUGGAGUGAAAACAGAAAAUACUCCUUGUUGUAUAGCAUUUGUUGUUGAAAACAACCUGCCUAACUUUUGAUGCAGUAGUAGAAAAAGUGUAAAUCUGGUAACUGAAGAUGCAAAUGUAGCAGCAAAGGCUAAAGAUGAUUGCAAAGAUCUUGCAGAGUGGCUAAAGAAACUAAAGGAUUUAUACCUGAGAUAAUACUUCAGUUUUUGUGGGAGGAGGGCUUGGUUAAAGUGUUUUUUAGGCUUAUUUUAUAAACAAGUUUCAGGCACCCUACUGCCUAGCUUCCCUGCAGUCAAGGUGGAGAGUAGGGUAUAUAAAAAUGAAGUUAUCAGGACAAAACUUUUUUGAAAUGACAGCUAUAUUAGCAAAGUAACUGUAAUUAGCAAAGUCUUUAUAAAUAUUUCUUCGAUUUUGAAUGAAAAAUUUGUGCUGUUAAAUGAACUUGUGCUGUUAAAUGAACUGUACUUCACACUGCUUAACUUCAGGUAUUUAACUUAGGCAUCUUUAUAUAUUCAGAGAGAGAAGUGAGUAUCUCCCAAAAGAGUUCUUGGCACUUUAAGGUGCAGGUGCUCUGAACUGUCUGCAGAGGAACCUCCCUCUCUUCAGCCUUUCCAAAGAAUUUUAGGGUACAGCUGAGACCACCUAAGUUAGAAGCCUAAAGUAGACAGGAAAUACUCCCGAAUAGGUAUUUGUUAUGGCUUCAACAAUUUAGCAUAAAUUCCAGUAGAAAAUCUGGAUAUCCAAACUUUACUAUAGCAUUCCUCACAGCAAGAACUUUUUUCCCCCAGGAUAGGUAGAGUGAACAUUUGCUUCUGGAUAUAUAAAUAUAUAUAUAUAUAUAUAUAUAUAUUUUUGCUUUUCUAAAUGCAUACUGCACCUAGCAUGCUGAUUAUACAUUUUCCUCCUUUCAUGUGUAACUGUUGUCCAAUAUGGAGUAAUACAACGGAAGUGCUAUAUAUUGAUGUUCAGUUCAAACCCGACUUUGACUAUAUAUUGUCAUAACUAUAGGCAGAAUUGUAGCUUAGUUAAUUUGAUUAAAUGUUUUAGUUAUUAACAGAUGUAGGAAUUGUAAUUUAAUAGCAUAACUUUUGAAAUAAUGUAACUUCAUUUGAAAGGCCUAUUUUGAAGGAUAGACAGCACCAAGUUUUAAAUUAUAUUUGAAAAAUUUGUGACAACCAGUUUCUUAUACUGUAUCUUUUCUGACUGGACCUUUUAAGGACAGAUUUUCCCCAAGGCUUCAGUUUCUGCCUAGAUGCUCACAUGUCUAGUUCGGGCACUUAACGCAGACUGUGGCAAACUCAGGUUCAAUUCCCUGAAGUAGAAUUGAACUGGUAUUUCCUACCUGCUGAGACACAUCACCAACAGGCUAAUAAGAUACUCAUUUUCCCUGGUGCUGCCUUGCUUCCCAUAACUAAUAUUCUGGUAACCUAGCCAGCUGGUUGCGUCUCUCAGGUAGAAGAUGUAAUAUAUGCUCUCUGUUUCAAAGGGAAGGAGCCCUCCUGCAGUACGUUGUAUAUCCUCUUGUGUCAUGCAGCAGGCUAUUGCCAAGCAUUAUCUGUGGGAAAUUAAUCACCAAGAUCAGACAGAAGUGAAAUGGGUGAUGGGAUGCUUAUUUAUGAAAUUCUGUUACAAGUCAGGUGAAAUGAGCAAAGUAAGCCUCUGUGGGAUUAGAAACCAAGUGCCAACUAAGACCCAUGUGAGAAUUCCAUAGAUAAUUAGGCUCAUUCCCAGAGUUUUGUAAUGGGAUCUGGGAAGCUGAGCUGCUCUUUCUUUUUGUUUGUUUUUAAAUCUUACAAUAAAAAGCUUGCUCAGAGAUGCAUGUAAACAAUUAAAAUAUACUUUAUUUCUGUUACUACAAUGGCUGAGGCUUCAGCUUUUUACUUGAGAUCUGGAUCCAAAAUUACUGGCUAUACCCAUGUACCCAUGCAGCACAGGAUUGGUAGCUGUAAUUAUAAUUCACUUUCACAUGCAAUCUGUUUAAUACACAGAAAUUGUGUGCUGUAGAUCUGACACUUGGUAUGCAUUUGUUAGCAUGAAACCUGGAAUUCAACCAGUUUUCUAACUUCAAAGUUCAUAUAUUUCAGUAUUGUUUCCCUACUUCAUAAUAAGCUUAAGUAGCGAGUCAUAUGCAUGGUUUUGUGUUUCCUUGUUAGCUGAGCUAUUUAUUCUGAAGAGACAAAGAGACUAGAAGUUCUUAAAUGUUAAGCUUAAUUCUUUUUUCCAAAGGGGAAAAGCCCCAGAAGAACACAGAAAGGAUUUAAAUUUGCAAGGAAUAGCUUGUUCGCACUGUGGAUUAUUCUGCAUAAGCAGACCUUACAGAAUGAAUUGGCCAAGUUUAUUUUUCUCAAUGACUGCUUAAAGCAGUGGCUUUCAAAAACAUUUUUUUUUUUGAUCACAAGUUCUGCAGGAGCAGUUAGAGGAUCAGUUAGGUGCUUCAGGUUGAUUGCAAAAGCAGGUAUUGAUGCAGAGCUGCAAGAAGUGGCUUGGGGCAGCAAUGGGGCACUUAGCACCAGGGCCUGGAGGACGGAUGAUUAUGACUAGACAUCCCUGAAAGGCAAUGUCAGAAGGGAGAGCAGAAGCUGUUCCCACCUUUCUCCUGUCGAAGGUACAGUGUGUGCUCAAGCCUGAAAGUAGGAUAGCAGUUUUCGAAAACCAGAAGAGGAAUAAAGACAGCAUGGUAGGCCCUGCUGUAAGUGCACCAUACUUCAUAAGCACAGAAAGCAUUACUGCCUUGCAGUGUUUAGGCAGCAGGGACAGGCUUACAGCCCAACAGCAGCAUUGCCCUUGAGUUCACACUGGUGACUGCUUCCAUAUGAUUUCCCUUUCCCCAGUGCCAGCAGUGCUUGCCCAGAGCAGCUGGCUACCCUCACACUUGCGGCAGAAGGGUUAGUCCAUGUUCACACGCUGAAUGCAAGACUUGCUUUUACUGAGAGGAAGCAAGCACACAUGUGAAAAGGCCUUUCCUCUGCUUAGAGAGGUAGACAGUCUGAAACACAUCCUAAAUAACUUUCCAGCUUUAUCUCCUUCACUAGGAAGUCCUUCUCAGAUUUAGUUUUGCAUUACCACAUUUGGUUUAUCAGAAAGCACCCCAUAGGUUUAAACCCCAUAGGUUUAAAAAAACCUAUACCAGUAGAAUCAUUCUUGGGGGCACUAUUUUUCAAAAGAAAUACAAAAGCCUGCUAGAGAUGAUACUGGUUCCUGUUCUGGAUCAGCAGUUCUUGCAAAAAUGUGAAAAUCUAUGCUAGUUAAUAACUUAAAACUUAAUUUACUUGCCUACAUCAUUUAAAGAGUGCAGCUGAUUAUACUUUCACUGUGAGUCUGUGAUUUCUUUGUAAUUAAAAGGAAGUCCCCUAUUACUCCACAUACCCUUCUGUUCAGCACUGAUGUAUCAGUUAGCUGGACGCAAUAUCAUUCUCUGAUACAAAAAAAAAUACUUUGAAAUGACAUUGAGAAAUUACAGUUCAAUAAACUAUGAGACUGAUUAGAAAGCACCCAUUACAAGCAUAACCCAUUGAACACAGUAAUCUAACAAAGGCAGCCGUAGGGUGACUAUCAUCAUAGAGUUACAAACUCAAAAGGAACAGCAGAUAUUUAGGAAGGGCCUUUUCAAUUUAACAAGGACUGUAAGAUUCAACAGUGAAGCUGAAGACACUCAAAAUAAUCACCUGACUAAACAAUUUAGAAAUUGUAGUGGAUUCUUUAAUUUCUGAGAGAAGCAGGGGGGUUCAGAUAAGACAGGAAAACUAAGCAGCAAAAUCUUAAUUUCCCAUUAGAUUCAAGAAAUGCCCUAAGAGGGUAAACUUUCCCUAUGUUCUUGCUGAUAAUGUGUCUACCAGUUCAGUUCUUUUAGAAAGUGUGAGAACAGAUUCAUCAGAGAAGUUUUUGGUUGAAGCUAGGAUUGUGAAUGUUGCAUUGACUUGUUCAUAAUUCCAUGUAAGGAACUGAAUAUCAAGUUUGUAUGAUCCAGAAAAUGCUCAAUCAACACAUGGUUAGUUUUAAUUUUCAAAUGAACUGGUACUACCACAUCAAUUAAACAUCUGCUUUGAUAGAUUUCAUGUUUAAUGUGAUAAGCCCUCCGAAAACUUGCUAAUUUAUUGCUUUCUGUAGAAUUUAAAUGGAUGUAAAUAACUAAUCUUGGACACAGUACAUUCGCACAUUUUUUUAAUAAAGUGCUCAAGAGCAGGUUAAGCACUAAUAAAAUUUCCCUCUGUUUUUUUAA